AUGGGAUCAAUCAAGAUAUUUAUUCUAUUCUUCAUAUUCAAAACCUGUGCCAGCGAAAAUUUGGAUCACCUUUUUCGAAAAAUAAACGACGAGACUGGCAACUUUAGUUCCAUUGCAGCCAAUCUAGCGUGGGAGUCUUCAGUAAACCCUAGCAACCCUGAACUCCCAGCACGAUCCGCAACAUAUCAGAAAAAUCGAAUUAAAUGGCAACACAGUACAUGCGCGAAGCUGGCAACACUAUAUAACCGUCAGUCGUUGAAUGCCACUCAAAGGAGGCAGUACUAUUUAUUGUGUAGAGGACCGAAAUAUACUUUUGAUGAAACAAGAAUAACAAGUAAUCUAUAUGAGGAACUGCAAUCAAUAUAUUCAGAAGCCGAAAUCUGUAUUCCAACGGACACAAACACUGCCACAAACAACCUUACUCAAGUUGAGUCCGCCAUCUUGAAUUAUCUGUCAAACGUCAAAACGUUUUUCUCGAACCAAUAUGGCGACGACGCGCUCUUUGCCGCCAAAUUCGCUGUCAAUCGUUACAUUCAAGACAAAAAUAUGAUUUGUUUGAAAGGGGAGUCUGAUUUCGAUAGGAUGAUGGCUUUUUCGAAGAAUGAGGAGGUUUUAAGGUGGCUGUGGUUAGUUUGGAGGGAAAAGGUGGGACCUCCUAUGAAGGAACCUUAUCGGAGAUUGGUUUCUAUUGAGAAUAAGGCUGCGAGGAGGAAUGGGUACCUCAACAUCGGCGUCUCUUGGCGUGAAGAGCUGGAAGUGACAAAACUGCGUGAAGUAUCUCGACAGCUGUACAACAGUAUAAAGCCCUUAUACAGCCUAUUACAUGGGGUGAUGAGGUUUUAUCUAAGAAGAUUCUAUGGUGACAUUGUGCCUGCUCAUGGACCUAUACCUGCUCAUUUAUUGGGAAAUCUUUGGUCGCAAAACUGGGAGCCCUUAGCGGAUUUGUUACUGCCUCGAAAUAUAGAUUUGGAUGAGAAUAUUAGGAAACUAAACUGGACUGUAUUGCAUAUGGCAAAAAGAGCAGAAGACUUUUACCAAUCGCUUGGCCUGCCCGCCAUGACAGAUACGUUUUGGCGCGAAUCCGUGUUUUCGCGGGAAAAUAACAGUGACGCACGCUGUCACGGCACGGCGGCGGACAUGUUUCAAGAUGGCGACUUUAGACUGCUGUACUGUUCAGACAUAUCAAAGGAGGAUUUUAACGUGUUGCAUCAUGAACUUGGUCACAUACAGUAUUACAUGGCCUAUGAACAACAGCCUGCAAUAUACAGGCAAGCCAAUGCUGCACUCCACGAGACCAUAGGAGACGCCAUCAUGUAUGGAGUUCUAACACCACAACAUUUGAACAGACUCGGACUUAUCAACGAUUCCCUACUCUAUACAGGCAAUAAUCAACCUUCAAAUACCAUAGUUAAAGAUGAAAAUGCAAAUAACGAAGUAAAGGAUCACGAUGAAGAACUAUUUCUGAACAAAGUUGUGGAGGAAAAAUUAAAAGAAGCUCACGUACUCUUAAAUGACAAGGAAACACCAAAAUUGCUUGAAGAUAAAGACGUAACUACAGACACAAUACUCUUGCUAAAACAAGCCUUAAAUAAGCUACCACAGAUACCAUUUUCCCUUGCUGUAGAUGAGUAUAGAUGGAAGUAUUUUGAAGGUAACGUGCGAGAAGUGAACAAGGAAUUUUGGUCUUUAGUGGAAGAGUUGCAGGGAGUGGCUGCACCUGGUGAAAGGGGGGAGAGGUAUUUUGAUGCAGGGGCGAAGUUCCAUGUGCCAGAUAAUACACCGUACAUCAGGUACUUCUUAAGCAGCUUCCUGCAACACCAGCUCUUCGAGAAGUUGUGCAAAGCUGCGAUAUUUGGACGACGUAGCGUAGAGGGUGAUAUACCGGAGACCAUCAGCCUCACUAGAUGUGAUAUAUACGGGUCUAAAGCUGCUGGAAAGAUUUUGAAAGAUUUCAUGUCCCGAGGUCAUUCACAGCAUUGGAGUCAAAUUCUUGAAGCUACAAUAGGAGAACACGUCAUAUCGGCAUCAGCUCUUAAUAGAUACUAUCGACCUCUGUACGUUUUGUUAGAAAAGUUCGUGCGCGCGCACCGCGUUCCUAUUGGCUGGUAA